UUAGCCAAAGGUCAGAGUUCAAUGUAGUCGCGGUCUCGAAAAUGUCUAGCGUUGAGUCAAGCAGAGAAGGGAAGGAUCAGAAGGAUGACGCCGAGGGCGACGCUCAGCAGACCGAGGAAGAAAGGCAACAGGCGGAGGAGAUGAAGGAGGAGGCAAUGGCCAGGGCCAGGGAGAAGCAGGAGUUCAGGCAGAAGAACAGAGAUGCUGCCAGUAAUACAACUGAUAGAAGCGAGCUGAAGAAGCUAGACGGGUCAGUCAAGAAAAACUCUGUAUUUGUCAAAAAGUUGAGGACGCUGACUGAGCAGCAGAGAGCCAGCCUCACAUCUGACUUUGAAAGUCUCAACCUCACCAGAUACAUUGGAGAGGCUGCAACAGGGAUUGCAGAGGCAAAAAUCAAGCUGGUGGACGUGGGGUGUGCAGUGCACAUGUGCUCCCUCCUCCAUGGCCGCUACUCCGAGUUCUCUGGACUCCUCCUGGAGCAGCUCCAGAGGAUCUACUCUCCUCCUCUCCCCAGCAAGAUGGACGACGAAGACCGCGCUGCCAAUGUCACCAAGUUCCGUCUCGGCCUAAGACUACUUGGAGAGUUAGUUCUAGGAGGGCUGGUAGACGAGGACGUGGGACUCAGUCUCCUGAGGGACAUGCUGCACCAUGUGGCGGAGACAGACAGACUGACUCAUGGACGACCCUAUCUCACCGUCGUCCUCAGCUUUGCGCGACACCACGCAGAGGACUUUGCCGCCAUAUUGCCUCGUCGCCAGCAGCUCUUGCUGAGAAAGUACUCCAUCAAAUUGCCAAACUCGCAGCUCGUGCCGCGUGAGACUCGGGGAGAAUUUCGCAAGAUGUUUCGAUCGUAUUUCAAACUCAUCUCGGCCCACCUCCAGAGCGAGCGAAGGUCCAUGAACGAGCGGGAGAGAAGAAAUCUCCAGAUACUCCAGAACAAAGGGGAGCUGUCCGAAGAGAGGAGGACCGGGAACGAAAAUGCUCAGAAGGCGUACGACAAGCUUCUGACCAACACCAACGCUCUAGCUGUGCAGAAAGAUUUUGGGGGCUUUUUGCUAGAUAAUCUUGUUUUUUUUACACACUUCCUUUUGCAAAUCAUAAGUAGUCUCUUACGGCCCUCCUUUUUCUUUCUUUCUUUCUUCUGCGUAUGUUUACAUACAGUUCUCAUGUACGAUAUCUCGUGUACUUGUAUGUAUAUGCAGGAUAUCUUGAAUGAAGAAAUGCCAGAACUGGAGGAGUUCAAGCCGCCACAGCCACAGUCCUCUGACAUUUCCAUAGAGCUCCAGAUACCUGCUGGCCUCACCGAGUCAGUUGAACUGAACCCAUCCUCUCUGUGGGAAGACGAGGACAGCUACCAGUUCUAUGUCGGAGUGGCGGACAUCCGCCCGUUUGUCCCCGCCAUUCUGUUCGAGGGGAAGAAGAGGGGGACCUCGGAAUCCUCCGAUACUGCUGCCGCCACCCCUGCCUCAGACGGAGGAGGGGGCGAGGCCAAGACUGAGGGAGACGAUAAACCAGAGGAGGAAGACGAGGCAAAGGUGUUGGAACAAGUGAUACGAGAUACGGAGGAGAUAUCACUGGACGAGGAGGUGGGGGUGGAGGAGGAGGAGGGAGGGGAGGGUGGGGAGGGGGGAGAUAAGGGAGGGGGAGCUCCUCUAAUCGAGCCCGGAUCAGCCAUCGCCAUCUUGGAAGAGUUCAUCACCAGGUUGCCGAAUCUGAUGAAUCGGAAGUUUGUCGACGAGUUUGCGGUGGAGUUCUGUAUGAGUAUGAAUUUCAAGGGGAACAGAGCUCGUCUCGCUCGAGCCCUCUUCAACGUCGAUAAGAACAGGAUGGACCUGAUUCCGUUCUAUGCGCGACUGGUGGCGACGCUGGCUCCGUGUGUUGAUGACCUGGCCCCGCUGCUGGUGGACAUGCUCCUGAGAGACUUCAGGUUCCAGGUGAGGAAGAAGGACCAGAUUCACAUCCACUCGAAGAUCAAGAACUGCCGGUUCAUCGGUGAGCCUUCACGAGUGCAAGUCGGGUACUGGGGUGACGUGCUGUGUCUCCAUGACUUCACCCACCACAAUAUCGACAUGGCCUGCACGUUCAUUGAACACUGCGGCCGCUACUUGCUCCGCUCUGCCGACUCACAUCUCAGAGCUAAGGCACUUCUGGAGAUAAUGGUGCGCAAGAAACGAGUCCAGCGUCUAGACGGCAGACAGAGGAGUCUGGUUGAGAAUGCCCUCCACUGUGCCAACCCCCCACUGCCAGCUGCCAGAGAGGUGGUGGUUCUGCCUCCCAUGCUCGAGUACAUUCAGAGGCUCCUCUUCAAGGAACUCAACCGAACCAACACUGAAAAGAUUCUGAGACAGAUGCGAAAGCUUGACUGGAACGACCCGGAGGUGGUUCAGUUUGGAGUGACAUCGCUGUCCCAAGUGUGGAGACUCAAGUUCUCUAACAUACACUGUCUCGCCAACCUACUCGCUGGACUCAGAGCCUACCAGGAGGAUGCAGUGUUCAGAGCGGUUGACUCCAUACUGGAGGACAUUAGACUUGGUCUUGAGAUCAACCACCCAAAGUUCAACCAGCGGAGAGUGAGCUGCGUCAAGUUCCUGGGAGAGAUGUACAACUACCAGCUGAUCGAGUCCAACGUCGUUUUCCGUGUCCUCUACCUCCUCAUCUCCUUCGGCUGGAAUGUGGAUGGCUCUCCUUCCCCCCUGGACCCAUAUGACAACUACUUCAGAGUGAGACUGGUGUGCACUCUCCUCGACACCUGUGGUCAAUAUUUCGACAGAGGCUCUGGAAAGAGGAAGAUGGACUGCUUCCUCGUCUUCUUUCAGUGCUACAUAUUCAGGAAGCGGCAGCCGGUCCCCCUGGAGCUGGAGCAUCUUGUGGCAGACACUCUGGAGCCACUGAGACCAGACCUCCCUCUGUACUCCACCGCCCAGGAGGCCUACGAGGCCGCUGCCGAGCUGGAGAAGAAAUACAAAGACAAGAUAGAGGAGGAGGUGGCGGAGGAGGAGAGAGGGGGAGGAGCCAGCGAGGAAGAGGAAGAAGAAGAGGACGAUGAGGAGGAAGGAGACGAUGAUGAGGAGGAAAACGAAGAGGAUGAUGAGAGAAAUGCUGGAAUUCCUGAUGAUGAACCAGAGGCAGUCAUAAAGCACACCCCCAAGUACAUCCACACUCAAGAAGACGAGGAUUUCCUGGCUAACCUUGACAAGAUGAUGGCCGACGAUCUGCAGCAACGAAGGCAGGAAGGGAUAAAGGUUUCUGAUUUUGAUGUGGGUGUGCCCCUCACUCUAAUGGGAGGACAGACUAGGGGAAAAUCAGAUCCGUUAGUUCAUGAAGAGGGAGAGUUGAGAAUGAAGUUUAAGGUGGUCAUGCGGAAAGGGCACAACAAGCAACAGGUGAAGGAGCUAAACAUACCACUUGACUCUGGUCUGGCAUCCAGCCUUCAAGACACGCAGAGAGCAAUGAAGGACGAGCGUCAUGAGAUGAAGAAACUCGUGCUAGCAUACGAACAGAGACAAGAGGAAGAAGAUUACAGCGCAAUGGUGGCAACAGAGAAGGAAAAAAUUCAGCAGAAUAAGAAAGUGCUACUCUACUCAGAUUCAGUCCCUCAACAAAGACGUUCACAACAACAACAUGGCAAACAGACGAGUAAACAAACAACACAACAAACCCGACAAAUGAAUCAACAAGCCAAACAACCAACAACUCAACAAGGCAAACAUGCCAGUAAACAAACAGCACUACAUACACCCAGCCAGUACCAAGGACAGCAGCAAACGACACAGAGACAACAGGCUCCUGGUGGAAGGGGUGGAGCCACAGGCGGUCGCCAACGGCAACAGCGUAUCCCUCAUAAACAACAACAGCAGCAGCAGCAACUACCAAAGUACGAUCAACUGGAUGCGUACUACUGACACGUCCAUGUGUGCUCAUGGGUCUAUGGCUAUGUGACACCAUUGUGCAAGUCCAGUGAAGACAAAAGCCAAGAGACUAUUAUAAUUAUUUGCUGUUUCAUUUGUGUGCAGCUCUAAAAACUGAUUUUUACAUACUGUAUCAAUUUUUAAAGCCGUGUUACGAUAAAUAAUGUACAAUUGUACAUAUACAAGCAUAAUUAAUUAGUGCGCAUCAUGAGAAGCUGACAGGUGACAAUGGUAUUUUAUCAUACAUCACAAAUGGAGGAAUAUUAUUACUUUAGUACAGAUGAGAUUCGGGUGUGCAAGUCUAUGUGUACAAGUCAGCUGAAUUGUCUAGAGGAUCGCGAGGGAGGGUGGGGGAGGGAGGGCAUCAGGCAAAGCCGAAACCUUCUGGACACUCCCUCACCGCUAUCAAUAGCAUAUGCUUCAACUUGUCGUAUGUUUCAUACUGUGGUAGAUCGAGUUGGUUGAAGCAGGUGUGUGCACAGGGAAGACGGUCGGUGGAGCGAUCGUCACGGUGAAUCUGAAACUUCUGAACUCCGUUCAUGCCCUCCAGUGCGACAAACCCCUGCAGUGGGACCUUCGACGUCCCCGUCACAAACUGGAGGAACCUGGCUCGGUCUGCCUGGUCAAACGAUCGCAGCGCCCGCCAAAACCACUGCACCUGCAGGGAGGUCUCUUGGUAGCUGCGGUACUCUGUGUUUGCCUUGAGGUCGUCAAUGUCAAUUGUCGGGAGUCCGGAAAUCAGCAACUCGAGCUCCUGUUCGUUGAAUAUGGCGAUUAGAUCUUUGGGGAUUAUCUCGUAGAAUCCCUCCAGAAAGCUUUUGAUCUGGGCCUUGAUGGACUCGGUCAUCUUCAUCUGGCAGGCCAGCUGGACGUACUCUCUCUUGUUGCACUCCGUCACCGCAAUCUGUCGUCCGUUCUCUUUCAGGUCUUUCACCUCCAUCUUCCCAAACUCCCGUAUCUAUUGAGGUAUAGUGAGCGCAACAAACAACAUCACACACGCUUGGUUCUAGAAUACUUGUAGGUCACUGUCAAAUGCAGGUAGGUACAUUACGUAGAUUCAGGUUGUGAAUCUUGCAGACUUCAAGCUCGCAAAGAUGAGCAGACAUGGAAACAAAUGUAUGAAUAAUCACGUAUUUCAACCGAGUGACUACUCCAAAUACUCCGUACUCUAAUGGGGAAGGUGCACCUAGUAUUCGUGUCUCCCACUCUCACCGUCCUCCCCCUUCCC